CACCUUGCAAAGCAACAACAUCUACUUUGUAUCUUCCCCUCAACUAAUAUGUUUGAUCAACACGUGUACUCGCAGCAUGAGAGCAAACUGCUGUCGAUGCCUGUCGAGAUUCGUCAAGCAAUAUACGCUCAGAUCUUCCACGGCCAGACUCACGCUUUUUUGUGGCAGGGCAGAAUUCAGCUGUCGGCAUGCCUUCAACCGAACUUGGGUGAUGACCGUCAUGAUGGCCGCGAGCGUGUAACUACGACUCACUGGAGGCGGGAUGAUCCUGGGUGGGCCCGCCGUCUCCGGUCUACAUGGGGGGUGCAUUGGGAAUGCGAGGAGGCUGCGUACAGAGAAAGGACGGACUUGCGCGAGCAUCGCCGUUAUCAUACGUACGACCUUUUUUUUGUGUGCAAGAAAAUGUUUCUCGAUGCCUGCAACGUUGUUGUUAAGACAACAGCGAUCAACGUCACGGAUAUAGACACCUUGGAAAUGUUGCUAUUGAAGCCAAAUGAGCUAAUUAGUGACUCAAAUUGCGCCUGGAACCUCCGCGACUACAUAAGUCCCAGAAUUCGUAAACUUAAUAUCGCCUUCCGACUCCCACUAGCCUUCUACGAGGUACUACAGAAAGACGAAGAUGAAGACUUGGUUUUGGUAGUUGGUCCUCACACGAGAGCAGUAUCAGUAGGAUGCGCUGCGUGGGAGCAUCUCUGGCCGGCCAUCUGCCAACUUCCGCAACUUCGCAGCCUCCACAUCUGGUUAGACCACGACGAUAGACCUUCGUGGUCAUUCGUCAACGAGCGCGUAGCUAUGCGUCCAAUGAUCGCUGCUCUAUUAGCACGCACGCAGGCUCACUCUGAAGAGGAAACGAUGCCGCACAUGGAUGUCGCGCUUAAUCUUCCGAAGUUGCAUCCACAUUAUGCGAAACCGGAUACUCACUACUUCCAAGAGAGUUCGUCGUCACUAUUCACUAUCGAGCGACGAAUUCGCCAGCGCUGGCAUUGCCAGGAAGGGCCUAUCGGUAACUUGAAAGUGGAACACAAGGCUGACUUUCCCGUCCUGCACGAGCUCCCGGAUUUUAUUAUAGAACAGGACAGGUGUAGUAGAAGAGUCGACGGCGUGACGGUGCAAGAAGAAGACAUAACGUUGGAAGAAGAAAAAAUGACAUUGGAAGAAGUCGAGCGCCUUGAGACGCAGCUUUGGGAGAACGGUGCUGAAAACGUUUACGAAUUUAUGUCGUCCGGGUUUCACCACCACACUCAAGAUGAAGACACUUAUUACAGUUACAGUCGUAGAUUUCCAGGCUAUGAGUUCCAUGGCCCAUAGCUUACCC